CUGUCACUUACUUCCCAUUCUCAUCUCAUCUGUGCUAAGGCUCUCUCUCCAUCCUUUGACAAGCCUAGUCGUCGCUAUACUUGUUACUUCUCACUUAGCUCAGUGAUACCGCUCUGCGUCCUUGUUUCCCGCCAUGCCUGCCACCACGGCGGACACACUUUCCCUUGUCCAGCGAACUGUCACCGUUGCCCCAUUAGUCCUUCUUUCCGUCGCAGAUCACUAUGGUCGCUCAGCUAAAGGCACUCGGAAACGAGUGGUGGGUGUGCUGCUAGGAGAGAACUCGGGCCAGACUGUCCGCGUAUCAAACAGUUUUGCCGUCCCCUUCGAGGAGGAUGAGAAGGAUCCGUCUGUGUGGUUUCUCGACCACAACUUUGUCGAGUCGAUGAGGGACAUGUUCAAGAAGAUCAACGCGCGGGAGAAGCUGGUCGGCUGGUAUCACUCAGGCCCGAAGCUGCGCGCCUCAGAUCUGGAGAUCAACGAGCUCUUCAAACGAUACACACCCAACCCCUUGCUAGUAAUUGUGGACGUUCAGCCGAAAGAAGUAGGCGUUCCGACCGACGCUUACUUUGCCGUUGACGAAAUCAAAGACGACGGCACCACGACGUCCAGAACCUUUGUCCACACACCGUCCAUAAUUGAAGCAGAGGAGGCCGAGGAGAUUGGAGUGGAGCACCUACUCCGUGACAUCAGGGAUGUCGCUGUGGGAACACUUUCUACCCGGAUAACAUCCCAGCUGCAAUCGCUGCAGGGCCUGCAUCUGCGUCUACGUGACAUCGGCCAAUAUCUGCAGAAAGUUCUCGACCAAGAAUUGCCCGUCAAUCAUGCCAUCUUGGGCAACCUCCAAGAUGUGUUCAACCUUCUCCCUAAUUUAUCCACCCCUGCUGCAACGCCUCGCAUCAGCGGUGGUGCCCCGGAGCAGCAGACGGAUAAUAGCGAAUUGGCACGGGCCAUGAGCAUCAAGACGAACGAUCAAUUGAUGGCGAUCUACUUGAGUAGCUUGAUUCGCGCCAUCACUGCCUUCCACGACCUGAUUGAGAAUAAGAUUCAGAAUCGGCAGCAGCAAGAAGAGAACGAGCUGAAGAGGGAGCAGGACGCUAAUGCGGCCAAGGACGACAAUGACACGACUAAGAAGACCAAUGGCGUCGUCAAUGGAGAGCAGAAGGAGGAUCAAGAAGUAGUGAAGGAUAAGUCCAAGAAAAAGAGUUCAAGAGGGGAAUAGAGGGGCCUGGAGUCAACGCGAUACGAUCAAUUUUCAAGGACCAAUUCAUUUAUUACAUGAGAUUGUACAUUAGGGUAACCUCGGACACGGCUGAUCAUGACCAUACGGGGUUGUCUUCGGAGACAUCGAUCGUGCUGAGUAUUCAGUUGUACCGUAGGCUGUUAACACCGCACCCUGAUCUUGUA